AUGAAAAGAUCUCACAUUUCGUCUCCUCGUUCUUAUUCACGACCAGCGAUUUCAAUCUUCGGUGUCUUCCUCUUGUUUCUUCUGGGUUUAACACUAACUUCUCGAAAACCAUCAGAUUCAUCCUCCGGUUUAGCUCCAAAUCGAAACUUAGCCACAAAAUCGACGAUUCCGAGGCUUGCGUAUUUGGUAACGGGAACGAAAGGAGAUGGGAAACGAGUGAAGCGGCUGCUUAAAGCAAUACAUCAUCCGAGAAAUUACUAUCUGCUUCAUUUGGAUCUCGAAGCUUCAGAUGAAGAAAGAAUUGAGCUGGCGAAGUAUGUGAGAUCGGAGAAGAAAAAGUUUGAGAAUGUUAUGGUAAUGGGUUUAGCUGAUUUGGUUACGGAGAAAGGUCCAACGAUGUUAGCUAGUACGCUUCAUGGUGUUGCCAUUUUGUUGAAGAAAGCUAAGGAUUGGGAUUGGUUUAUUAAUCUUAGUGCUUCUGAUUAUCCUUUAAUGCCUCAAGAUGAUAUUUUGCAUAUAUUCUCAUACUUGCCACGCUACCUGAACUUUAUCGAGCACACAAGCAACAUCGGUUGGAAAGAGAACCAAAGAGCAAGGCCUAUCAUUAUUGAUCCUGGUUUUUACCAUUUGAAGAAAUCUGGUGUCUUUUGGGCUAAAGAACGGAGAUCUUUGCCUGCUUCAUUCAAACUUUUCAUGGGUUCAACCAGCGUUGCUUUAACAAGACCGUUCCUCGAGUUUUGCAUUUGGGGAUGGGAUAAUCUCCCAAGAACGCUAUUGAUGUACUAUACCAACUUCCUCUUGUCAUCUGAAGGCUACUUUCAGACAGUUGUGUGCAACAAUAAAGAUUAUCAGAACACAACGGUUAACCACGACCUGCAUUACACAAAAUGGGAUCCGCUUCAACAGCGCACCCUGAAUGUAACGGUUGAGAAUUUCCGCGAUAUGGUCCAAAGCGGGGCUCCAUUCGCAAGGGAGUUUCGAGAGGAUGAUCUUGUACUCGAUAAGAUUGACAUUGAGCUACUAGGUCAAACCGAUACUGGAUUGGAGUUGAAGACUUCGGAUGUUGUUAAACCAACGGUUAGUUGGAAGAGGCUUGAGAAGCUCAUGGUUAGGCUUCUUGAUCAUGAGAAUUUCAGGGCUAAGCAAUGUAAAUAA